CUUGCGUGCGUUUGUGUGUACGCAGGUGGGGUCGGAUCCGAGUCAAGGUGUCUCGUGGUGUGACAACGCUUACUCCUCGCAACUCCUCAACUUUGUGGACGACAGUCUGUGACAAGCCGGGGACCCGGCAACGACCGAUCGCUGCCACCGAGCCCCGGCCGGCAGACGGACGCUGGCGACUCAGACAUGGACAGUAGCUGCCACAACGCGACCUCUAAAAUGCUAGCGACUGCCCCAGCCCGGGGCAACGUGAUGAGCGCAUCCAAGCCCCUGGCUUUCUCCAUCGAGCGCAUCAUGGCGCGCACCCCUGAACCCAAGGCCCUGCCGGUCCCCCACUUCCUGCAGGGCGCCGUGCCUAAGGGGGACCCCAAGCACUCUCUGCAUCUCAACUCGUCGAUCCCCUGCAUGAUCCCCUUCGUGCCGGUGGCCUACGACCCGAGCGCCAAAGCCGGAGUGACGGGCUCGGAGCCGCGCAAGACGGCGGUGGAGGCCCCGACGGUGCCGGCCGUGGCGCCCGCGGCGCCCGCGUUCAGCUGCGGCGACCUGCUCAACUGCGCGCUGAGCCUCAAGGGCGACCUGGCCCGCGACGCGCUGCCACUGCAGCAGUACAAGCUGGUGAGGCCGCGCGUGGUCAACCACUCCUCGUUCCACGCCAUGGGCGCCCUAUGCUACCUGAACCGAGGGGACGGCCCGUGCCACCCCGCCGCCGGCGUGAACAUCCACCCCGUGGCCUCCUACUUUCUCAGCUCCCCUUUGCACCCGCAGCCCAAAACAUAUUUAGCCGAAAGGAAUAAACUGGUGGUUCCGGCGGUGGAGAAGUACCCUUCCGGGGUAGCUUUCAAAGACCUGUCCCAGGCUCAGCUGCAGCACUACAUGAAAGAAAGUGCCCAGCUUUUGUCGGAAAAAAUCGCCUUCAAAGCCUCGGAUUUCAGUCGCGGCUCUCCUAAUGCUAAACCCAAAGUUUUCACCUGCGAAGUAUGCGGAAAGGUCUUUAACGCUCACUAUAACUUAACCCGUCACAUGCCGGUGCACACAGGAGCCAGGCCCUUCGUUUGCAAAGUGUGUGGGAAAGGGUUCCGGCAAGCCAGCACCCUUUGCCGGCACAAGAUCAUCCACACGCAGGAGAAGCCUCACAAGUGCAGCCAGUGCGGCAAAGCAUUCAACAGGAGUUCUACCUUAAACACGCACACGCGAAUCCACGCAGGGUACAAGCCCUUCGUGUGUGAAUUCUGUGGCAAAGGAUUUCAUCAAAAAGGGAAUUACAAAAACCACAAGUUGACCCACAGCGGGGAGAAGCAGUUCAAGUGCAAUAUCUGCAACAAGGCUUUCCACCAGGUUUACAACCUCACCUUCCACAUGCACACCCACAACGACAAGAAGCCUUUCACCUGCCCCACUUGUGGCAAGGGAUUUUGCAGGAACUUUGACCUCAAGAAACACGUCCGCAAACUGCACGACAGCAGCCUGGGGCUGACCCGCACACCCCCGGGGGAGCCGGGCAGUAGUGACCCGCCGCCCCCACUUCCGCAGCCUCCACCACCAGCAACUCUGCCGCCCCUGCCGCCCCCGCUACCGCCCCCUGGGCCUCUGCAGCCUGGCCUCCACCAAGGCCACCAGUGAUAGAGGCCAAGGUUUUCCCAAACCCAGUCAGCCCCCCACCCCCACUAUCACGGAGGCAGGCAGACUAGACCUGGACCUCCUGACCCAAGCUCCUCUGAUGAACCCAGGGCAUGUUGGGCCCCUACCUUAGGGCAGACCAGAAGCCUCUGCAUUCCUCAACCUUUAGCCUCUUGCAUGCACAUGCUAAAUGGUUUUGUGUAUUAUAUUCUAUAUAGGCACUAACAAUUAUGAGAAAUUUGGAGGGUUUAUUUUAUUUUUUAAUUUGAAAAGACCUUUCAUCUCAGGUGGAGAGAUGAUGCUUGUUUUGUUUUGUUUUUUAAACAAAUUUCUGCUGUAUUUAUUGAAAUCUGUAUUAUUCUACCGGGGAAUGCUGCACCAUUUUAAUUUUAUUAUUGUAUAUAUGUCCAUUGUGUUGGUUCUGCUGUCUCCAGAUGCCUGCUGAUCGUUUAUUAUUUUCCUCUCCACCGAAGCAACAAAACCCUGUGUGUAUGUUACACACACACACACACACACACACACACACACACACACACACACACAGAUGUGUGUGCCUAUAAAGGCACGUUGCACACCUGUGCGCCCACACAUUAGAUAAGGGUGGUUCAUUAUGAAUGAAAUUUGGUUUUGAUUCCUGCACGUGGAAGUUGAUUUAUUAUUGACUGUUGGAAAUAAACACUU